CUUAGAUGAAAACUUUUGAGUUGCUAGUCACAGUAUAUUUCAGCUUUUAGGCUAAUUCAAGUACGAGGCGAAAAAGUUUAGCAUGAAAGUUCUCCACAUGUCUGCGAUGGUGCAGAUGUUGAGGCUUCCGAGGUCUGAGGACAUGUCUGAGGUAGAGGCGGUUCAGGUUGCUGAGCCUGAAGAAAACCAGAAAAGCCCCACAUGUUCUCAGCCUUUAAGUGAAGUAGGUUCAACUGGGAAUGAAUUUAACAUUUGGAUUUUUCUCAAGAGGAACGCCUUUGUGAUUCUAACAAUGGCUGCCGUUGCAGUAGGGAUUGGACUUGGCUUUGCUCUGCGACACGUUAACAUGACUGAGAGAGAAAUCAAAUAUUUAACUUUUCCUGGAGAGCUGCUGCUGAGAAUCCUGCAGAUGAUGGUGCUCCCGCUGAUCGUUUCAAGUGUGAUAGCGGGCAUGUCAAACGUUGAGAGAAAAGACUUUGGGAAAAUCGGGCUUCGGACCUUCACCUAUUACCUGCUAACCACUGUCAUCGCUGCGUUCACUGGCAUUUUCCUGGCGCUUCUCAUCCAGCCAGGAAAGUCAUCCCAGCAUGACUCGGGGUCCUCCUCUGGGAAAACGGAGGCUGUGCAGAGCGUGGAUGCUUUCCUGGAUCUAAUCAGAAACCUGUUCCCUUCAAAUCUAGUGGAAGCUUGUUUCAGAAAAUAUUUAACAGUUUAUCCCGGCAGUAAUUCCUCAGGAAAUCCUGCAGGAGCCACUAAUGUGUCUGCGAACACACCAAUGGCAGGAACCUCAGACGGCAUCAACAUUGUGGGUCUGUUGGUGUUCUCCCUCGCCUUUGGCCUCAUCCUGGGGAGCAUGGGCACAGAGGCAAAACCUCUAAGAGAUUUAUUCAUCUGUCUAAAUAAAGCAAUUAUGCUUCUUGUUAAUGUAGCCAUCUGGUAUUCACCAGUGGGAAUCAUCUUCCUGCUGGCGGGGCAGGUUGUAAAAAUGACCAACGCAGCAGACAUCGGUCGUGACGUGGCCAUGUACACUUUGACUGUGAUCGCUGGGUUGAUCAUCCACGGCUGCUUCACGCUGCCGCUGAUCUAUUUUACAGUCACAAGAAGGAAUCCCUUCAGGUUUUACGCAGGCAUCCUCCAGGCUCUCAGCACAGCUUUUGGGACUUCAUCCAGUUCUGCAACCUUGCCGGUCACUCUCCAUUGCAUGGAGGAAAAUCACAAGAUGCACACACAGGUGACGCGCUUCAUGCUGCCUAUAGGGGCCACAAUGAACAUGGACGGUGCUGCCCUCUAUGAAGCAGUGGCUGCUUUAUUCAUCGCCCAGGUCAAUGACAUGGACUUCAACCUUGGACAAAUCAUUGUCCUCAGUUUGAUUGUCACAGCAGCGAGCACUGGUGCAGCUGGUAUCCCUCAGGCUGGCAUGGUAUCCAUGUUGAUAGUGUUGGGCUCAACGGGGCUGCCCACAGAGGACAUUUCCCUGCUCCUUAUGGUUGACUGGAUUCUGGAUCGUAUCAGAACUGCCACCAAUGUACUCGGCGACUGUAUUGGCGUCGCCGUGGUGCAGCAUCUGUCCAGACAUGAACUACGCACAUCCAGUCCUGCAUGAACAGACCAGAUGUUGGAAGAAAAGCCGCCCUCCAAGACCACCUGUAUCACAAUGGGACAAAUGCACCCGACGAGUUGCCUGACAGAAUAUAAGCAUUUAGGCUGAAAUAAUAAGAUAAAGAAGUCAUUGAUAGAAAAUUGUAUUGACAGAAAUCUUUUGAAAGGGUCUUUUUUGUUUCUUUAAGCUUCUGGCGGUUUAUGGCAGGGAAACUCAAUGGAGAAACCCAGAGAUUUUUUUUUUCCCUAGGACUCAACAGAUUCUUAAGGGUUUCUCAGGCCAAAAGUUAUAAAUCCACCAGCCAGUUUUGGGCAUGUCCCGUAGUCUCCACUUACAAGGACAUGUCUUCUAGACAGUCAUUGGGAAAGCUUUAGAAAAAAACAUUAACUGACUUCUUUUACGUAAAAUAGAGCUCCUAGCCUGGAAGCUACAGAAGAUCCUGAUCAUGCUGUAAAGGUGUUGCUUCUCCCACCAAACUGGUUCCGUGGCCGAACUGGAAUUAGUGGUUCCUCAGUUUGUGUUGUUUUGGUUUUCGUCCGCCAAGUUUAUGACACAAGACAGUGAUAACACAGAGUCGUGUUAGCACUGGAGGCCUCACUGGGUCUCUUCUUUUUUAAUACCCUUCAUCACACGCGGGGCAACCCAUCUGUUUGUGCUCUUUCAUAAAUACCAUUGCUGCCUGCACACUAAUGGCAUCUUAGUGUGGCGGAUGUUUCCAAGUGUUGCUUGAACCAUAUUUUCAGUUGGCUGGCUGCUGGUAAAUACCGCCCAGAUACCAGUAAUGCUGGUCGGGAGUGUAAGCAAUUAUUUGAUUGUACUUCCUUGUGAAAAAAAAAAAAAAAACCCGUUGCAGCUGUCUUCAAAAUGUUCAGUGUGAGACAUAAUGAUUUAAGCUAAACAUAAACUUUGUUCAUCGUUUGUGAUAAACUUACCUUGCCCAUACAAAUGUAAUCGUCUACAUAUGUUAUAAUUUCUAAAUCCCGACACACCAGCAGGAGAUCGUUAACAUGAAUCCUUGUGGCGUUCUCCUAGUACGGGCCAGAGAUGGGCACGUCAUGUAACUACUCCAAACGCACUGUCGCC